AUGGAAACUUUGGCAACAACCAUUCGUUUCGUCACGCUGAACUGCCGAACACUAUCGAGUGAACUCCAACAAGCCGCUCUAUCCAGAGUUCUGCGAUAUCUCUGUGUGCUCUUUGCUGCAGUGCAGGAAACACGCAUGACAGAUCGGCCCGUCAUCAACAUCCAAAAUUACACCAUAUACUGCGGCCAUGUUGAUGAGAACAAAGUAAGUGGCUGCGCGAUAGCUGUGAGGAACGAUUACAAGAACCAGAUGGAGGAAUUUGGCUCAGCGUCGUCUGGAUGCGCCUUUCUACGACUGCGAGAUUGCUGA